AUGGAUGGCAGGAACAACGAAAGGCAGCUUGAGUGCCGACGUGUCCUUGCUGCGAAGAAGCCCACCAAGCUGACGGUGGCCGAGCUUGUGGAAGUUAACAAGGUUCUGCAUGUCAAGGCCACGUCCACGGCGCACUUCCGCGUGAGCCCCAUAAAGCUCGGAGACGCUGUCUUCCUCGCCUACGGCGACAGUGGCUGGGCCAAUGCUCCUGGCAACAAGUCCCAGGGCGGCUAUGUGGUGAUGAUGACGGACAAGGAGGUCGUCAAUGAGACCCGGCAAGCUUUGAGGUCAACCCUUGCGGCUGAAGCAGCUUCUGAGGACUGUGCUACUGACAUGGGCACCUUCAUGGCUUGUGCGUUCACUGAGAUGGCGAGUUUCGCAAGCGGAUGGCGGCGCCUACGGCAUCCUUGGUUGAGUCAAAGACUGCCGGGGCGGGCGCGGACAAUUCAGCAUGGCGGUGACACGUGA